AUGUCAGAGCCUGUGGAUAUUGUCGAUAUGAUGGCACACGAGGCGCACAAGAAGAAGAUCCCGCUGAACGCGGCGCUGGAGCCCGUGGCCCCGGCGAGCCACUUCCGCGGGAGCUGGACAUGGACGCCGUGCGACUAUGCGGAUGCAGCCGUGUCAGUGUACUCCAUCGAGACCAGCCCAGACCCGCCCGUCAAAGGACAGAACUUGACUGUCCGCGGUGUGGGCGACGUGCACUCAGAGAUCUCCGAGGGCGCGACGUUCGAUGUGCAAGUGCGCCUCGGACCACUGCGCGUGUUUUCACAAAAAUUUGAUUUGUGUGAGACACUGCGCGAGAACAACGUUACCGUACAAUGUCCGGUCGCCCCCGGCCACUACGACGUGACACACACCGUGUACCUCCCGCAGCAGAUCCCCCCUGGUAGGUCCGUGGCACUAACGCAGCGAAAUUCGGCAUCCAUGUCACAGGUC